AUGUUGCUGAUAACGUCAAUAACAAUAAUAUCAGUCUCUUUUGGCAUUUACUGGUACAUGAACAGACAUAAGAAAGUGAAGCAUAUAUUGAGUGAGUUGAGAUAUAGUUUGGACAUGCAAGGGGCAGGUGCAGGGGGCUUAAUCGACGAUUGGGUAAACGUUUGGAGAAAUAAAGCAGAGUUGCCAGAUGCAAGUAACAAAGUCGCCGUUAUAACGGGAGGAGCCCGCGGCAUUGGCACAGAAGUUGUUAGAGGACUUUUAAAAGCAAAGAUGACUGUUGUAAUGGGUGUGAGAAAUCCGGAUUCUGUGAAGUCAAUGGUUGAAACAAUGGAAAAUGGCGAAAGAAUACGUGCGUUUCCCUUAGAUUUGAUGUCUUUGAAAUCUGUUAAGCGAUUUGCAGAAAGAGUGUUGAAUGAGUAUCCCAACAUACAUAUUUUAAUUAACAAUGCAGGCAUCAUGUUUGGAGAUUAUAGCCUUACUGAGGACGGAUUUGAGACACAACUGGCAGUCAAUCAUUUAAGUCAUUUUUAUUUAACACAUUUAUUGUUACCAGCUUUAAAAAAUAGUGGUAAAUUAACAGAACCAGCUAGAAUAGUGAAUGUAACAUCUUGUGCUCAUUUUCCUGGAAAGAUUUACUUUGACGACAUUCAUAUGAAGGAACACUAUGAUACAACCGCUGCAUAUGCACAAUCUAAGCUAGCACAGCUAAUGAUAGCUAGGUACAUAAACAAAAUUAUGGAAGAGAAAGAUUUCCCGGUUAAAUGUUACUCAGUUCAUCCAGGAAUAGUUGACACUGAUCUAUUUGAAAAGUCAAAUUUCAACAAAUUUCCUUGGCUCAAAAAAAUGUUCUUCAAGUCGCCAGAGAAGGGUGCUGUUUCUAUUUUGUAUACAUGUUUUGAUGAAGAUAUAUUAUCAAAAGGUGGAUUGUACAUCAGCAAUUGUAAAGAAGGAUUUAGUAAUCGCUUUUCAAAAAAUGGAAGCCACCAAGAAAAGUUAUUUAAGCUGUCUUGUGAUUUAGUGGGCAUACAAACUCAAACAUUCGGAAGAAAU